UCCAUUGCAAGCGACUCGCGUCGCCACAUUUGCGAUCGCGAGUGAAAAAGGGAAAUAGUGGAUUGUGGAAUAGCUAUUGUUUACAUCAAAGUGCCCAGGCAACAAAUCCGCAGGCGAUAUUCUAUUACUCUGGCACAGCUGUCGCCGCCAUUGAAGUAAAACUAUAACAAAUACACGAGUCUGGAAGCAAAAGUUUACUCACAUAGGACAAUAAACGGAUCUCACCAUGGCUUCCAAGAAUAAAUCUCGUGUAAUAGAAAAAAAUAAUGGAGAUGUAUUAGCUUUCAGUGAGGGUGCAAUCAGAAAUAAUGCGAUGGUAGUUGAAUACUGUCGAACAUCAAUGGCUGCACUUGGUGGAACUGCUGCUGGAAUUUUGGGCUUGACUAGUCUUUACGGCUUUGUGUUCUACAUAUUUUGUGCCGUUGCAAUAUGGCUUCUUCUGUUACUGAAAGCAGGACCACAUUGGCAAAAGUAUUUUACCAGCAGAAGUUCAUUGCUGUCUAGUGGACUGAGUGGUGGACUAAUUACAUAUGUUCUUUUCUGGACGUUCAUCUAUGGGAUGGUGCAUGUCUACUAGGAAGCGUGUAGGGCUUGUCUCAUCAUUUCCACUGUUAAUUGAAACACCUCAUCCCAUCUUUGCCUCAAAAGAGGAAAAGAAAUGAUAAUACUUUCAUUGUCAGUCUGUAUUUUGUUUUGUAUCUGCUGAUAGAUUGAAUGUCAUUUAAACAUUUCAAAGAUUUAAA